GUAUAUUCAGAAGGUAAAAAUCAUGCCUUAUAUUUAUGGAUUAACUUGAAACCUGGUGCCAACUCGCGAGAAGUGGCCAAAUCUGUUGCUAAGAUACAGAAAUAUGUGGACCAAGUCACUGAUCCCACAAUGAAGGAUGAUGAUGAUGAAAUUCUUGCUGGUGUCGGAUUUGGACCAAACUUUUUUAGCCAGGUUGCUGGAAAGACAAUGAAAUCGUUUGUUUAUCCUCAUAGGAAAGGAGCUUUAGGUGAUAUGCCCAGUUCAGGUGGAGAUGUAUUUAUUCAUGCCAAAUGUAAUACACCAAGCAAGCUGUUUGAAUUGGCUCAAGUUAUAAUUAAAAACCUUCCCAAGGAUUCGGUGGAGAAUUUUGAAGAUAUUUAUAGUUUUGUGUAUAAAAAUGGUAGAGAUUUGUCUGGCUUCAUAGACGGAACUGAGAAUAGAGCUGAUGAAGAGGGCAGACAAGAAACAGCUGUAGAAAAAGAAACUGGUGGAAGCUAUGUAAUCACCCAGAAAUGGCUUCACAAACUUGAUGUAAUAGAUGGAGAAAAGGAUAGAACAUUAGAGGGAUGGGUUGGUAGAGCGAGAAAUGACAGUACAGAGCUGAGUAGAAAGACUAUAACAUCUCAUGUUGCUAGAAUGACUUCAGGAAAUAACUUCAAUGCUCCAAAACCAGUUGAAAUCGUGAGACAAUCUAUGCCUUUUGGUUCUUUGUCUGGUGAGAAAGGAUUAUUCUUUAUUGGUUAUGCUGCAAGUCCACAGAACUUUGAGUACAUGCUGGAUAGAAUGGUUGGUUCAGGUGGUGAUGGGCAAAAUGACGAUAUCAUGAGGCUCUCGCAGAACGUCAAGGGAACCUACUGGUAUUUCCCUGGAGCUUCUGAAUUGAAGAAACUAGAAUAA